CCGUCACAAACAAACCUUUCUUCAUCACUGUCUCCCACCCUCUUUAGAUUAAACAAUAACAAUAAUGUCCAUGCUCUCUUUCAGAGCCACACGGCCUUACUUUUCUUCGCCAUUUCCCCCAACCUUCCCCUCUCCCAAUCGCCGCCGGCCCUUCCCCCUCUCCUUCGUCAGAAUGUCGACCACCGCCGCUCCGCCGGAAACCAUCGAGCACAUCGUGCUUUUCAAAGUCAAGGAGAGCGCCGAGCCUUCCAGAGUCCAAUCCAUGCUCAGCUCCCUCAACGCCCUCGUCUCCCUCGACCCGGUCCUCCACCUCUCCGCCGCCCCGAUCCACCGGCUCAAAUCCUCUCCCUUCCCCUUCACCCACCUCCUCCACAGCCGCUACGCCUCCAAGGACGACCUCAAGGCCUACGCCGUCCACCCCAGCCACGUCACCACCGUCAAGGAGUGCAUCCUCCCCGUCUGCGAAGACGUCAUGGCCGUCGAUUGGAUCGCGCAGGACCUUCAGGGACCGGUCGUUCCGCCGCCGGGAUCGGCGGUUAGGUUGAGUUUCCUGAAAUUGAAGGAGAAUUCGGCGGCGGAAGCCAAGGGCGAGAUCCUCGGGGUGAUUGGAGAGGUGAAGGAUAAGUUCGAGGAGAUCCAGCAGCUGACCGUCGGGGAGAAUUUCUCGCCGGAGAGAGCGAAAGGAUAUUCGAUUGCGUCCCUGGCUGUGUUCCCUGGGGUUGGUGAGAUCGACUCGGUGGAUGCCAAGGGAGAGAUGGUGAACUCGGAGAAGGAUAAAGUUAGGGAGCAUUUAGAGAGCGUUAUUGUGCUCGAUUACGUAGUGCCGUCUUCACAGCCGGCUAGUCUCUGAUAUCAAUCGUUCUCUCCUUGAAACCCCUCCUCUGGUAGGUUGUGCUUAACUUUCUGUGGCUGCUUCUUGAUCUGAACAACCUUCUGAAGUAUGCUUAACUUUCCAUUUGAUCAUGCAAUUUGGUGAAUGUUAGGGGUGCCCUGGUUUUCCGACUUGUUGACGUUGUGCUUGAUCAUGCUUGUCAUACUUUGGUGGUUGAUUGUGUUUCUUCGGCUUGUGCCCAAUUCCUUAGUGUAAAAUGUAUAUGCAGUUGAUACUAGUGGAAGGUCUGGCGUAUGUAGAACAGUUACCCUUUUGCUUUCUCUGCUAGGUCUGCAAUGUAGCUUUGUGCGAAAUCUAGUGAAUUUACAAUUCUUAACAAGUAGGGGGGAAAAGAGAGGAGUAUGAUCUAUUAGAGGGUUGAAUCCUCACUCGGUUUCGCGAUAUCUUUAUGGAUGUUUUGUUUGGUCCAUUGGUAGAUGAUGGUGAUGGUACUGUUUCAGUAUCAAAUGCACCACAAACUAGCUGGUUUCUUGUGUCUUUGAUGAGAGGGAAUUGCAACACAGGUAUUAGGAUGUUAAUCAUGGAGUUUUGAGAGAUCGGCUUGAUAUUGAUUGUGUCACGGGACGAAAGGUUUAUUUCCGGUCCAUAGGAAUUGCAUCCAUGUCCUUUCAUGAAGAAAGAUUGAUCCUUUUGGUGGCUGGUUAUGCAGCAUUACGUCUUAGGAACCAUUAUUUGCAUGUAGAGGUUCUUCGACGAAAGGUUGUUUUAGUUGCCUGAGGAGCUCUUAAGUUGCUUUUAACUGUGAUUUUAGAACACAUUUUAGAUGGCUUCGGAGGUGGUUCUACUCUACGCCAUAUAAUAUUCAGAGCUCUAUGCCCCUCAUUGUCUACCCCCAUUUACAUAUCCCUGUUCCUGCAAGACUGCUAAACUUUGGAUUUGCUGGACUUUGUAUGCUGUUGUUGAUCCAGGUCGUCUUUGUCUCUUCUCUCGUCGUGACAGAUGCUACAAAAGAAAAAAUUCAAGCUGCUAAACUUUGGAUUUGCUGGACUUUGUAUGCUGCUGUUGCUGAGUGGUGGGUUAUGAGGACUUGCGCGUAGAGUUUCCAAUCUCAAGUAGUGAUCUUUCUUCUGAAUUAAUGAUGCCAUGAGCCCUGUGACGAGAAUAGAAGUUACAUAAAAUGUGUAUCCAUUCCACUAAAACUUGAAAUGAAAUCUGCAGAAACAGCAACCAUCUGUGUUUGCUGCUUAAAGAAAUGUGUGUGCACUUUGUUCAACUCGCAAUCUAUCUACUACACUUUUAGAUCAGCCAAUUGUUAGAAUCAAAACAGCUUCUCUUGCUCGGAGCUAAUCACUUUGUUCAACAGGCGAUUCAAACAAACUGGAAAGGGGGAAUUGGCAAUUUGGCAUGCCAGGCAUAGGCGAUCACCAUGGAAGCCAAAGCAACCACCACCAUUGAUGACUUUAGUAGUGUGUAAUAAAUCAUUCAGCGAUGCUGCAGGGACCAUGGUGUAUGUACAUUGAGACGGACACAUGAAAGACGAAAUGAUACAAAUAUGUGCAGUGGAGCGGCCGAUGUGGCUGGUAGCCUAAUUCGGAAGUUGAUUGCUACAGAAUUGUACGCCCAAGGGAUCCAAUACACAUUGAUGAUUCUUUAUAAAAAAAAAAAAGUUAUUGGUGGAGAUGGCCACAGCUCGCUGCCCGGUUCCCUUAUUUGGAUCGUGUGGAGGGGCUCGGCAAUUGACUCAUUUAUUUGCAUCCUUCCACUUAAUCUCUGCUAUCAAUUCCUCCCACCGGUUUUUGUCUUAAUCGAUUUUGUUUCCGACGAAGAGAAGGCGAGGGUUUUAUAUAAUUUUGUUUUAUUUUAGGGUUAUAGGUAUAAUAUGUCUUUCUACUAUGUCGUUUUAUCAAACAUGUCCCUUCACUUUGACAAAAUGAUCAAAUAUGCCCAUCUGUUAAAAUUUUCAUCCAAAAACCAUUAACCACGACCGAAUUUUGGUUUGGACGGCACAAAUUUCUAAAAUAUCUCUAAAAGUUUUACUUAAUUUUUUUUUUCCGCUCUUUUGUAUGGCCAAAUAAUUCUAAUAAUUUCACUUUGAUUGG